AGCUGUAGCAAUGGACGAUUACACAAAAAUAGAGAAGAUUGGGGAAGGUACCUAUGGUGUUGUGUAUAAAGGUCGGCACAAAACCACAGGCCAAGUGGUUGCAAUGAAGAAAAUACGUCUAGAAAGUGAGGAGGAAGGUGUUCCAAGUACUGCUAUCCGAGAAAUUUCUUUAUUAAAAGAGCUGCAUCAUCCCAAUAUAGUCUGUCUUCAGGAUGUUCUUAUGCAGGAUUCAAGACUGUACCUUGUCUUUGAAUUUCUUUCCAUGGAUCUCAAGAAAUACUUGGACACUAUUCCGUCUGGCCAAUAUUUGGAUCGUUCACGUGUUAAGAGUUACUUGUAUCAAAUCUUGCAAGGUAUUGUUUUCUGCCAUUCAAGAAGAGUUCUGCACAGAGACUUAAAACCUCAGAAUCUUUUAAUAGAUGACAAGGGAGUGAUUAAACUGGCGGACUUUGGAUUGGCUCGAGCCUUUGGAAUUCCAGUACGGGUAUACACUCAUGAAGUAGUGACACUGUGGUACAGGUCUCCAGAGGUGUUGCUAGGAUCUGCUCGUUACUCUACUCCUGUAGAUAUAUGGAGCAUAGGUACCAUAUUUGCUGAGUUGGCAACUAAAAAGCCACUUUUCCAUGGCGACUCAGAGAUUGACCAGCUCUUCAGAAUUUUCAGAGCUUUAGGGACCCCUAACAAUGAGGUAUGGCCUGAAGUGGAAUCCCUGCAAGACUAUAAAAACACCUUCCCCAAAUGGAAACCUGGCAGCCUUGGAACACAUGUCAAAAACUUGGAUGAAGAUGGCCUCGAUCUGCUGUCUAAAAUGUUAAUUUAUGAUCCUGCAAAAAGAAUUUCUGGCAAAAAGGCUUUGAACCAUCCAUAUUUUGAUGACUUGGACAAAUCCACUCUUCCUGCUAAUCUGAUUAAGAAAUAAUAGACAUUUGGACUAAAUCAGCCAGAAUGAAAUAAUUGUGAUUACUUUUACUAUUAAGUCUGUCUGUAAUUUUAAUGUCUGUCUUUCUGUUUUAAAACUGUGGCUCUGUUCAGUUUGUUUUGCUUUAAGUGUUAUCUAAAUGUAAAUAUUAACCUUUUAGGGCUGAAUUCAAAUACAAUGCAAAUACUGCUGCCAUUAAUGCAGUGAAGUUUCUAUAAAUAAAG